AUGAACACGUGGCUGACGCAACGAAGACGAGUAUGGUUUCACAACGCGCGCGAACUUCGGCCACACCCCAAGUGUCUUGUUGACGGUCGAUACGGAGAUUCUAUGGUGCCAUGGAGGCGAAGAAAAGAAGAAAAGGCGGGCGCUGGAGAUAGGGGCAUCAGGGCAGCUUCCGAUGCCUCUCGAUGUCCGGACUGCCCUUUUGCCCCGAUGCUCUAUCUCGGCCAAUGCGACGUCACUACAAGGACCAGCAGCGUGAAGGAGGACGGACGGACGACGCCAAGGGAAAGUAACGUAACGCCAAUGUUCUCCACUUCGGCCUGGAUGCGUGGAAAUGAUCCUACGGGCGAGCAGAAAGCGUACCUCGACGUCGCCGAUGCUAUCAAGUCUUCCGCCCUACUCUUGCACGGCCAUCUCGAUCAGACGUUCCAAAUGGCGAAAUGCUGGAACGGGACGAAUAAUGGGGACCGAUACGCGAAAUAUCACGAAACCGAGGCUCAUGCAAUUUUCAACGUGAACACGAUGUAUGCGCUGACGCUGGACUGUCAAUGGGGACAGGCCCUUCGACUCGUCGACCGGGCAAUCGCACAAUUUGGACCGAGGGCCAGUGAUAGGAUAAAAGGACACUUGAAGCUGGCGAAGGCGCUGAUCAAGUUCGGCUCUCGACUGUUCGGCUGUGAUCUGGAAGGGGCUGCCGAGCAAUUGCCGCUCAUCGAACAGUACUGCCCCUGUGAGCAUGUGAUACGGUUGGCCCUUCAUCACGCCUGUACCGGCCAGCUCUCUGAGGCCAUCCAACUCCUCAACGCCUAUCGCCCCAAAGUAGCCGGGGAUGUGCACACGUUCGAAAGGGUACGUUUACUUUCGGUGCUCGGAAAUCUGCACACCGUCAAUAGGAAUCUCACGGAAGCCGAGGCGUCGCUUGUCAAGGCUGUAAGACUUGCCCGUGUCUCACAGGCGAAGCCGUUGAUGUGGCUGACAACUCAUUUGGCCAGAGUAAUGAUUGAGCAGAAUAAAUUCGACGAGGCGGCAGCCAUCGCGGGA